AUGUCCUCGCAUGGCUUCCUCGGACUGAAAAUUUACGAAAGUGAUCUGGAUGAAUCUCAAGAGCGGGUCGAGAUUCGCGUGCUACUACCCGGCUCUCAACGAGUUGUCAGUAGGCCGAUUCGCUCCGAAAAGCUCUAUACGAAGAGUUUUGUGCUUGCUAGCAAAGGGGCUAUAUGCUCAUACCAGGUCGAGGAGACAUCCGACCCGAGUCUUGCCACACAUCGCAUCGGCACCAGUAGUGGCACAAAGCAUCAUGACCAGGUACUUCCGGCGGGCAACACAGGCGUCAUGGUGCGUGCCUCGCCAAUACCUCAUGACCUACACAGUCACAACGCUGUGUACUCUAUUGCUGCAGGAGCAUAUCAUGCCACGAUCGUCCCUCCUGAAGAGUUUUAUGCCACAUUAUGCUACCAGGACUCUAGCCGCGGGUCCUCGCAAAAUGCUGCCAGCCUUGCGCCGACUGGCGUCGAACCUCGCCUGACAACCCGAGUGCCCGACGGGCUCACGCCGGCUCUUCUGGCUCGAGCCAUUGGUGCAACGCGUUCCUGGUUCAGCCGUAUGAGGAGUGGCAAGAAGCACGCUCGACAGGCUGAGUGGGAGGGGGCUCUCCGUGACUUCAGCUAUGCUCUUUCGAUAUGCGACGCAUUCGCCUCUUUCGCCCACGCAAAGAUCUAUCGAUGCCGCGUCUUGAAGGAACUGGGCCUGGCCAAUCGAUGUAUCGGGCGCUACGAGCAGGCCAUGGCAUUCUUGCAACAGGGGCUGGUCGAGAACGGGGAUGAAGCUACGCAGGAGCUGAUCAUCCUCAGCGGCGAGCUCGGCGUUGUUGCGCGGCACAUGGGGCGUCUGGACGAGGCCCAACAAGCGUUUCAGCUUCAGUAUGACGCGGCGAAAAAGCUGCAGUGGCAGAAGCCACUAUGCCGCGCCGUUGGGAACUUGGGCAUGGCUAAUUUCCAGCUCUCACAACAGCGUCGUGACGAUCGACUGCUGGACUUGGCCAUCACCCAGUUGAAUGAACGCGUCCAGCUGGCGCAACAUCUGGGCGAGGUAGCAGCUGACGGUGUAAGCCCGGCAAAGGCAGCGUCUCGUCGACAACUGGCCGUCACCUGGGAGUCUAUCGGCCAGUCUCGCCUCUCGCUCUGUUUUGCAGCGCAAGGCAACACACAGGCAGCCGUCGACGUUGCACAUGCCGCCCUCAAACUUUCUCACAGGCUCGAAGACCCAGCCGUCAUGGCCCUCUCGAGGUUUUUCUAUGGACGAGCCCUACUUUUUCAGGGCAGGGUGGAUGAGGCCAUGGCGCAGUUCAACCUACCGAGCGCCUGCUCGUGCGCCAUUGCACUCUGCAAGGAGCCUUCCAGCGAAAAUUAUGAGUACUUGCGCGAGCUUGUAGACGUGGGCGCCAACAUGGAUCUCGUGGACAACCAAGGCUAUACAGCGCUCGAUCACUCCGUGUUUAACAACGAUGCAGCCAUGAAAGACCUUGUCCUCGAAGGCCUUCGCCGCCAGCUUGGGGACCAUCGGCAGCCUGAGUUUGCCAGGUUGCAAGUGGAGGCCAAGCUCCGGAAAGGAUACCGCGAGCUCUUUCAAGAGAAAUUGAGACCUGUGCUGCUGUCCAACGGAGGUGACGCCACCAAUUCACUGCGAUCUCUGCGGCACACAUAUGACGAUAGCUUGUCCUCAGAUAUGGAGAGGGGCCGUAUGUUUGACCGUCUCAAGGUUUUGCGAUACACCGAGUUCCUCGCCUUUGGAAGACUCCCGCGAUCAAACGACGGCCUCGUCUUGCCUCUGGUCUCUCGAUCGACCCUCUCCCAUGAACCAGACACUGUUGACUUUGUCAUCUUCAUCUCCUACCGCUGGAUCAACACGGAAAAGUCACGCGAUUCGCCAGACGAUGUGAACAACACGCAAUUCGGGCGCAUGGUCGCCGCUGUGGAGGCCUUUCUACGGUUGCACCCGUCAGUCGAACCCUCGCGCCUCGGCAUCUGGCUCGACCACAGCUGUGUGGACCAGGACGACCCGAUGCCAGGGGUCUCUGCGCUGCCGAUGAUCGUGGCCCAGUGCAAUGCCGUCAUCAGCCUGGUCGAUGGCCAGUACUACGAGCGCGCCUGGUGCUCGGUAGAGGUGAUGAUGGUGCAGCAGCUGAGGCGAGCGUAUGGACUCCAUCUGUGGUAUGAGCACAUUGCGACACAACACGGUGCAUGGGAGUUGCGCGAGGGUGCGUUGGACAUGGAGAUCGUCAUGGCGGAGAAGAAGUUGACCUUUGAGUCGGAUCGGCCCAAGGUGUUAUUUCUGGAAAGACAGAGCAAGCUUCUGGGGUAG